AUGGCCGACUGGCUCAGUGCGCUCAGGCGGUGGGGCUAUACACAGAUUUGUGUGGCACAUGGAAUAGUGUCAUGGGGGAGUAAGGAUAAUGAUGAGGCAGGAGAGCUUCAACUUUGGUAUGAUGAGAGGAAUAACCAUUACCGCCUUUAUGCCAGCAAUACAGCGGUAUGUAAAGUUAUUGAUGUUUUUACUCUUCACUUCCAAAAGUGCACUGACAAAAUCAAAACGUUAUUAACGAAGAAGUCGAAAUUUCAUUUCGUCUAAUACUGAAAACAAAUAGUACCAUGUGAGUGUACUGAUAAAGGGGUUUUGUCCAGGGGCUCAAGAGUACGAACUAAAAUAAUGUUGUGGUUCCAUAAUUGACUCUGGGAGUGAUAGGGUUUUAACUAUGUACAAUUUAACAAUUAUUUAUAUUAAACCCUUUUUAUUUAAAAAAAUUAGCUUAUUUAUGUGUUUAUGCAGUCACCUAAAUGUAUCUGUUGUAAUUUUCCACCUCAUGUAACUUUUUGUUUUUCUUUUGUUUUUGGGUAUGGUAAUGUAUGCUAAUGAAAUUGAAACAAAAGAAAAAUAAAAAUUACCUGAGAUAAAAACUUAACUACAACAUAUCCAUUUAUUAUUUUAUAUGCUUUGUUCUUCAUUAAACAUUUAAAUACAGUAAACACCCACCAAUAAGAACCUGUGGAUUAAGAACCUUCUGGCAGAAAUUUGCCACUUUAAUACCCAUGCAAAAAUACAAGAACCUGUUUAGCCUAGCCUAUGUUGCAGCCAGCCCACACACUCAUCUAAACCAUUUGUAUAGUCCAUUUGCGAACAAGUGCAUAAAAGUUCAUUCUAACAUCCUGCAGAGUCGCAAAGACACAUGUGAGUGUUUGUGAUAGGUAGGUUUCUUGCGGGUUAACAUUAAUGUUAUGCGCCUCAUGAUUGGCCGAAUUCUUCGCGUGCGCAUGCCAAUAUUAAAAGGCACAGUGACAUGUCAAAAUUCACAGAAGGGAGUUGGCAAUGAUCAUUUGCAGUUUACAGAAAAUAAUAAAAAAGCAGUUCAAACUUUAAACAGGGCUUCUGAUAUUUCGUGCGGUCGCGGACCCGCGAAAUUCAGGUAUUUCCGUGAAAUCCCGUGAAAUUCCCCCAAAAACGUGAAAUACUGCGAAAUCCGCCAGAAAUAUUUCCAAAUACAUGUCGGCAAAACAUAUUUAAUACUUAUCUUGGCUAUUAGACCGGUUUUGUUCACCCCAAGCGUCCAAAUUUAGCUUGAAACUUCAUCACUGCGACGAGUAAACAACGUCCCAAAACUACCAGGCGUUUUUAGAUGAACGUUGCGAAAAAGUGGGCACUAACCAUAAUGUUGAUGGCUUUAACAUGCGCUUAUUUCUCGAGCGAACUGUUGUUGAAAGAGUAAAUGAUUAUCCGUGUUAAAAAAAACAUUCACCACUGCUGGUCAUAUCGACGCAAAAUUGAUCAAUUUUAGCGAAAUUUGCCAAAAAAACCCCAGCGAAAUCGGCGAUUUUUUACUGAUUGUUUCUUGGCGAAGUUUCCCCCCCGAAAUUUCUCGUGAAAUCGGCCGAUUUUCCUAAGAAAUUCUCAGGAAAUUAUUUGCCCCUGAAAAUCCUUCGAAAAUUGACUCUUUUCCGCUAAAAUCCCUCGAAAUGGGCCGAUUUUCCUGCGAAUUUUGACUUUUCUCCCGCGAAAAUCGCCUGAAAUUGGCCGAUUGUUCCGCGAAUUUUGAUUUUUUUUCCCGCGAAAAUCCGGCGAAAUCGGCAGAUUUUUCAGCGAAUUUGCCCCUGAAAAUCCCGCGAAAUUUUGCUUUUUUUUCCGCGAAAUAUCAGAAGCCCUGUUUAAAGCCUUCUUCUGCACAAAAAAAUACUUUGUGAGAAUUCCUUGUGAUUUUUUUUAUAAGAAUUUGCUUGUAUAAAUUUGCCCACUGGUUUUCCAGCAUCUUCCAAUCACUGCAGAUGCACUGUCGUGUAUUCUGCAAUCUAGCCGACAGUUCUAGGCUUCUAGCAUCCCAAAAAAAAAAUUCAGGAAAUCAUUAUCUUCACAGCCAAAAAUAAAACCUACUACAUGUGGCUAUCCAGGUCCAGGCAUUUUAGAGAAACCAAAGAAACUAAGGUUAUUUCGCCACAAGAAAAAAGCGUAAGGCUUAAACUACGGUGGCCCACAGGGGACAUGCUGCAAAUAAAAAAGUUGCUGCAAAUUAAAUAGAAUUGCUGCAAAUAAAAAAGUUGCUGCAAAUAAAAUAAAGUUGCUGCAAGUUAAAUAUAGUUGCUGCAAAUAAAAAAUAAUUGCAGCAAAUAAUAAAAAUAGUUGGUGCAAAAAAAAGCAGUUGCUGCAAAUUAAGUGACAGGAAAGUACGCGCACACGUUGAUGGGAAGAGGAGGACUCAGUAUAGUUGUAAGGAAGUUAAAGGCAGAACUCCCAAUGUGGUUUUUGUGGUUGCCUUGAAUUAUCAACUGCCUUCAAGUUACAUUUUUGCACUCAAGCAUGUCUUUUGUAGGAUAAUGAUCGGAGGUCUCAAACUGUUUUCAGCACUGCAGAGGCCAGGGUUGUCACUAAGAUUUCAAGUUGCCAGGUAAAUACAACAAGUAGGUGGGGAAUCGAACGGCUAGGCAUUUGUUGUGGUUCUAUUUUUCUUCUAUUUUCCAAUAAAAGUAGCUGGGGGCCACUCUCUUAGUAGCCGGGGAAAAUCCCCGGCCCCCGGCUCUUAAUGACAACCCUGAGAGGCUGAUUUCUUAUUAGGCCUGUAGACUGCAGUUUGCCAUCAACGUCUUUUUAAGGUCUUAUACCGUUGGGUUUUAUGUUGUAAUGAAAGGCAAUAGUCUCUCUUUAUUUUUUUGGUUUUUGUUUUAGCCCCUAUCAGUGUCUCGAGUCAAGGUUGACCCCUGACAACGACCUUUCUAUAUCCGGUUUAGGAUUUUUGUGUGCUUCGAGUUCACAAGGCACUCUUCAAAUGUUUUUUUUGAGGAGUUUUUUCUAAUCAAUCUUAUUUCUUCGCCUUUAAUGAAACUUCUUUUUACCCCCGGAGGGUGGAACGAGGUAAAGUGUAUAAUAUAUUUUAUUGAAGUUUUUAGUUGGCUUAUAGUGGGAUUUGAUGUCCAAUGAAGAUGGAUUUCUAAGUGAGAUGUUCUUCUUUGAAAACUAUUGUAUCAAGGAAAGUUAUUUCGUUAUUUCAUAUUUCAGCCGUGGACUUAAUUUUUGGGAUGGGACUUGUUAGUUUCUUUAAUAAAAAGUUGGGUCUUUUCUAUUACAGUCCCAAAGAAAGGAAACGUCAUCAAUGAAACAUUUCCAUUGGUAUUUCUAUGUUGGAUUAGGUUUGUUUCAGUCUCUGCCUUGUAGAUAUUUGCAAAGGACACUACUGUUUUUAUGCCCAAAGCAACUCCAUGGGUUUGAACAUAAUUGUUUCCAUUGAACUCAAAUAAGUUUUCUGUCACUGAGGAUUAGGCCAAGCAUUUCGUGAGUGGGCCCUGGAUACAACUAUACUGAGUCCUCCUCUUCCCAUCUGUGCGUGCGCAUAUACUUUCCUGUCACUUAAUUUGCAGCAACUUUUUUUUUUUAUUUGCUGCAAUUAUUUUUUAUUUGCAGCAACUACUUUUUAUUUGCAGCAACUUUAUUUGUUUUGCAGCAACUUUUUUAUUUGCAGCAUGUCCCCUGUGGGCCACCGUAUUAAACAGAGGUAAAAGAAAAUCAUUUUGUGGUAAAUUAACUGCAUGUGAUCAAAUCCUGUCAGAAAACAUCUGCAGAAACAUAAACUAGAGGAACUAAUUGCUCAAUAUGCAUGGAACAGACCAGCAACCUCAACCUCUAAAUGUGACACUCAAAGUGGUAAAAUAAAAUUUGCUCAGUGUAGAAUACUCCAUGCACUGCAUAAACUACACAAAAAGAGAGCAAGAAAAACCACUGUUGUUCAAGCUGACUCUUCGGUCACGUUAAUUGCACUAUCAAAAGCUCAAUCUCCCUUCUCACAAGCUAUAUAUUAUAUAAAUUAGUUGUGUUUGGCCUAUCAAUGCUUAAUUCAAAUCAGGCUAAUGACAUUAAACUGUGUAACAAACGAGCCAAUCAAAAAUGCUCACAUAUGUCCUUGCGACUGAGGGAUUCAAACAUGAUAUUGUGAAGCAAGUUAAGCCUAAGAAGAUCAUCAUUGCAAGUUACAUGUAAGCUUAAAUUAUGAUGAACAAUUUAACAAAGGGAGGUAACUAUCAGUGGUAAAAAGGGGGGUACCUAUGAGUUAUUUUUUAAGUAUAUAUUCAUAAGUCUCGCUUGCUCAAGAAAUGAGGAGGCAAUUACAUCUACAUGAAGCAGGAUUUUCUUGUGACAAGUUUUUGACUUCCUACUUUAUUGACAGUCCAGUAUUCUUCAAGAUAUUUUAUUUUAUAUAAUGGUAUUUGACAAUAAUUAUUUGUUUCUGAAUUGAUUGAAUACAUGUGCAUAAAUACACGAAAAUUAAGGGCGUAGAUUCGAGUAUGAGAGAAAUUACACCAUUGCCAGAGAGCAAAAAAAGUGAUGAACAUGGCAUGUCGUUUCGGUCAUCGCUGAAAAUGAAACAAUGAAAGUUUACAACACCCGACCAGUUAGCCUCACCAUCUGCCCCAUUGAUCAAAGUUUUGCUCAUUAAGAUUCUUCUUUUACUUGACCACUUGUUCCAAAGUAAUCACCACUUUUAAGCAAUAGAAUUCGUGGACCAACCUAUUCUGGAAAAUCUUUUGCAUUAACUUUUCCUAAGCUUUCUUCACAAAACAUUCGUGGCGAGCUCUUGAGUCAUGCCUCAAUUCGUUAUACCCCCAGUUUCUAUGUUCAACCCUGCAGGGACCAUGUCUUCUCUUUUCUGGACUAAAUACAAGGAACAAAACAUGGCUUACAGAUUCUGAAUCUGCAAUUGAGACUAACAAGAAAUUUGGUCAUCAGUUUUGUUAGGGUUAUAUGACAUAAUACAAUUAUUAUGAAUAACUUUAAAAAGUUUAAAAUUUAUUUUUGUGAUUUUAAAUCAACAAUCUCUCUUUUUCAUACGUAAAAACUAAGAACCUAAUUAACCUACAUAGCCUAAAUUGCCAUUAAGUACCCCAAAUUACAAGAACCUAUUUUGUCAGACUUCAAAAAUAGUAGGUUCUUAUUUGCUGGUGUUACUGUACCUCAUUUACCAGUUUUAUGUAAAUGACUGGCCUACAUGGUAGCUUUAUGCACCACAGCAAUAGGUUUAUGAGGAAUUGAAGUGAGUGAGUUCACUUGAUUCAUGUAAGAAUAACUUUUAAUGAAUAAACCAGUGCUGUGUUUACAUUUGAUCAUUACCAAUUCACUGAGGUUAUUUUAAAAUACCUUUCAUGUAGUGACUCCAGGAGGUAUUACAUGUAUACCUGCAUAGGUUCAUGAGAAAAUUGAAACUGUUACCCUCCACACCAGGAUGUGGUUUAUACUUCUCCCCACGUAGGGCAUCAGAAAUUCCAGUGGGAAGGGGGUCCCGGCAAGAGGAGGCAAUUUCCAAGGGAGUGGGGUCAGAUUCUCAAGGUCUUUUUUCCAGGGACUUUGAAUGAAACAAGAAUUAUUGUUUUUAUUGAUGAUCUUACAUUAACAGUUAUAGCUGAAUGCUUUUUUCACAGCUUACCUGUAUGAUAUAGUUUACAUAUAUCUAAUAUGAAUGUCAUCGGCUCAUGAAUAAUGCCGGUCAUCCAGCUCAUUGCUUUAUAUUUCACAAUAUAAUUGUGGUAUUCACUGUGUUAUGGUCAUGUUCUAUUAGCCUUCUUUUAACUUGUUCUUAAGGUGGCUCGAUACAGUUUUUCAGGGCCAAUACCUCCCAAGUUUGAGCAUAAACUACGUCGCCAUAAACAAAGUUUUUGAAAAAUUGCCACCACAGUUGUAUUAAAUGAAGAUGGAAAUUUGUUAUGAUCAGGGUUGCAACGGCAUCGGAGUUGUCAUAGCAACGAAAUGACGCUAUUACCCAUUUUACUUGCAGCAGUAUAUCUCGGCACUAGGAACUGUUCUUCGAAAAUCAUUCACUGGAGCUUUUUCCUCCAAUAGCAGCCUCGACGUUCGUGAAGUUUAAGCGAAAUCUGUAAGAGCGUUAUCGAGAUAUUUUGGGAUAAAGUUUUUAUUGUUAGAAAUGCGGUAAAAAAUGGACAAUAUUGGUGUUUGGCCGUUAUCUGUAGAAAAUGAAGCGCUUUCGACAUGGAAUUUCACCUCAUAGUAGCUUCAAUCUUUUUAAAAACAUGUGUGAAAGAUCAAGGAGAUAGCUUCAGCCGUUUGCUAGAAAGAAAGAUUUGAUUAGUAUGUAUCGAGGCGCUCUGUUAGCGGUUUUUUGAACAUUUUGGUCUACUUUAACAAAUUAGCGAAUAAUUUUUAAGCCGCUCGAUAGAUUUUUUUAAAAAUUUAAGAUUCUUGAGAUUAACCUUCUUUCUAUAUGCUUUUUUAGUUUCAAGAUUAUUGAUGUAUUGUAAGGCAGUAAAAUAAGGGCUACAAUUCGACAAUAUUUUGGCAGAAAUUUUGUGUUUACAAGUGUGAGCCUCUCAUUAUUCAGAGUAUUGUGUCCAAGUUUCAUACUUUCGUGCACAACAGUAGCUAGCAUUUUUGCAUAUUUCAAAUGCAUUGUUAGUUACUGCUGUUCACGUGAAAAUGAAACUUGGAGACAAUGCCUUGAAUAAUUAGAGGCUUUCACUUGUAAUGAGGAAACUUCUGAUAAAAAAGUAACAAAUUGUAGCCGUUAUUUCACUGCCUUACAACAUAUCAAUAAUCUUGAAACUAAAAGGUCAUAUAAAAGGAAAGUUAAUCUCAAGAAUCUUAAAUUUUAAAAAAAAUCCAUCGAGCGGUUUAAAAAUUAUUCGCUAAUUUGUUAAAAUAGACCAAGAUGUUUACAAAACCGCUAUCAAGAGCGCUUCGAUACAUACUAAUCAAACCCUUUUUUUCUAGCAAUCGGCUGGAGCUAUCUCCCAUGAUCUUUCACAUACGCUUUUAAAAAGAUUGAAGCUACUAUGAGGUGAAAUUCCAUGUCGAAAGCGCUUCAUUUUCUACAGAUAACGGCCAAACAACAAUAUUGUCCAUUUUUUACUGUGUUUCUAACAAUAAAAACUUUAUCCCAAAAUAUCUCGAUAACGCUCUUACAGAUUUCGCUUAAACUUCACGAACAUCGAGGCUGCUAUUGGAGGAAAAAGCUCCCGUGAAUGAUUUUCGAAGAACAGUUCCUAGUGCCGAGAUAUACUGCUGCAAGUAAAAUAGGUAAUAGCGUCAUUUCGUUGCUAUGACAACUCCGAUGCCGUUGCAACCCUGAUCAUAACAAAUUUUCAUCUUUAUCUAAUACAACUGUGAUGGCAAUUUUUCCAAAACUUUGUUUAUGGCGACGUAGUUUAUGCUCAAACUUGCAAGGUAUUGACCCUGAAAAACUGUAUCGAGCCACCUUAACUGUUUACUGGUUCUUUCAUAGAUGCUCUCAUAGUACACUGGGCAAAACUGUUCUGGAUUGAUGUUACAUUAUACAAAAAUAUAACAAGCCAAGGAACCUCAAUUAUAUUUUUCUCUUUUGAAGUUUAUCAAAUUCCACACAAUUGGAAAAUUUGAUUGUGCAAGGAGGACUUGCAUUACAGCGUAUCCAAACACAGUAACGAAAUCACAAAGGGAUGCCAAAAUCACAUUGUUUUUAAGAAAAAAAAACUAAUAAAAAAAUGACGGGUUGUUAUGUUAAGAAUAUCGUGACGUUUUUGUGGAUGUUUCAAAAAGCAUUCAGCGGGAAAACACAACGAAAACUUAAGGACAGUCUACAACUUAUUUGACCACUCAAAAUGAAAUAUAGCACUUUCCUCAGACUUUCGUCAUCUUAAAAGUCUUCUUGCCACCAGAUCGGUCUUCCAUCUGUUUUGAAGAUGGCAGCCUGUUGCUCACGCUCCGUUCCGUGCCAGCAGCCACGAAAUGCUGCUGUGUGUUAAAGCAUAGUUGGCCAAGAACUUCUGGCACUGCUAUGUGGGCCUCUCUAAUAGUUGCUGGACCAUAUUUCUUGGCUUUUCUCUCAGGGGCUUGCCAUUUAGUCUCGCGUUGUGUUGCACAACAUGCAGCUUGACUCAAACAACUCUGUGGAUUUGCCUCGUAGCCCUGCAGUGGUAGCAUAUGUAUGUAUCGCAGCUUGAAUCUUUGACUCUCUUAACUGCUGAUGUAUCAAAGGAUUAUACUGCUGCAUGUCAAUGACUUGAUCCAAGUUAUCUUUGCUGCAAGAUUUAGUUGGACACAACAUUCUAACAUGACAACACAGUUCUUUUUCAUCAAAAAACAUGUGAUUUGUUUUUCUUAAAAAUUAUUUGAUUUUGUUUACCUCGGUGAUUUUGGUUACCAAGUUUUGAUAUGCUGUAACACAAUUCCUCCUUGUGUAAUAUUAUUCCAUGUGUGGAAUUAAAUGUUGUUUAAAGGACAAAUAUAUCAUUAAGGGUCGUUAUGGCUUGUGAUUUUUUGUACAAUAAAACGUCAAUCCAGAACAGUUUUGUCCACUUUACUGUGUCUUGUAAGGUAUUGCCUCCUUGGUUGUCAGUGACAUACACCUGUACUCACUGUUAAUAAUUAACAAAGAAAGGCCUUUAUGUGCAAGGCAAAGCUUAGAACAUUAGACACUGUUUUAACCCAUUCGCUCCUGGAGAUUUUGCCGAAAAACGCGUUUUGAAGCUAGUCGAGUGGUUUUCUGGUCACUGUCGUGCUAUAAAGAGCUAAAACUACCACAAACUGCUUCACAGUUCGAACACUUCACGGCCUUCUGAUCCAGAUGCAAACUAUCAGCUUGCGAAGUUCGGGCAUGCGCAGAAAGCCAACUUUCGAGAUAGUUUUUGGGUUUAAAAGUGACACAGCAGUCUUGACUUUUACUUUUCGCUUUCUCUCCUCCCUUCUUUUUUCGCUUUUCUUGCCUCAUUUUUUUUUUCUCUUGCUGGGCAUUUAGUAGGCUUGAUUUUGGUGGCAACAGUUUUUAGGAAAGCUUUUAGGAUCUUAGGAUUAGGUGAAAGGAAAGGUAGGUGGGUAAUGGAACAAGAUUUUCAUGGAGAUUUUCUGGUCAGUGUCACGUGGUUUUUUGCUUGUUUCUCCGGUGUCCUUGACUGAAUUGUGCUCAUUCUGGUAUGGUUUGAAAGAUCUCUUCACUCUGCACAAGUUAGCGAAGAAAGUUGUCCUUGACCGUUAAAACUGAUGACGUCACAAUGGGUAGAAAGGACCUGGAUCCGUACGGGCGGUUACGGGCGGUUCGGGGGCGAAUGGGUUAAGAUGAAUAAAAAGAUUUUUCCUCUCUUUAUCACAGAAAACAUACAAUUAUCUUCUGCAUAAAAGUAUAGUGCAACAGCAUAUUCUUUUCGGGGGUGUCCCAACCAAGUUAGAUAACAGAAAAUUCUGUGGCAUGGGGUGUAUGACAACCACCCCUCGGAACGGAAAUUAUAGGGGUGUGGGUGGUCUAAAGUAAAAGUACCCUCCAUAGGGGUGGGGGGGGGGUAUUAUGGAUGUUUUCUGAAACUACACAUUACAGUUUACUCAUAUUAUCACAGUCAACUGUAAGUUGUGAGUCAGGCAACAAAUAACCCUUGUUUUUAAUAUGUUUUUGUGGUGAAAGUAGUAUAUAAUAUGUAGUAUUAAGAAGUCCUCGCAUUUUUAAAACUUUUUUUGCAAUGUUAUUUCAACUCAGUUGCUUUAAGUAUCAGAAAGUAGGUUAAGUAGGUUAAGAUUUAGUGUCCGUUGUCCGUAUUAGAUAGAGUCCGUAUUAUAGAGGUUUUGUUUAAAGAAAAUAUAUAAGAAUUUUGUCGAGACAUUGGAAACUGUCCGUAAUGUAGGUGUCCGUAUUGAGAGGUGUCCGUAUUGAGAGGUUCGCCUGUAGUUUAGUAGGAAAAAGGGAAAUCCAUUUGUGGUGUGUUUACGUCCUCCAUAAAAUGUCCGCUGACAGAGGUAAUUUUAUGCGGCUUUUAUGCAGUGAUGUAAAAAAAAAUGUACAAAAAAGUGUGCUGUAUGUGCAGACUUCUUGUUUUGCCUAGGAGUAGUAUAAAUGCAUAAAAUAAUGCUUUUUUGAUGUCUGCUGUUGCAGUUGUUCUUGCUACAGCUCUCUAUUUUGAUCUGUGUCAGGACAAAUGUAAAAAUCCAAAAUGUACAAAGUUGUGUAUAUAUAGUGAAACUACUGGUUAUUACGAAAAAUGUUCCUGUUUUGUUAAGAGGUACUUUUUACAGACACAGUGUAAGUGCAAUGAAACUUUCAUCAUUGAAUGAAUUAAGACAUGAAAAAUCAUGAAUAUUUUGUUAUUUGAAAACUCAUUGAGGCCUAUUUUAUUAUUUUCAGCUUGAAUCAUUAUUGCAUCUUGAACAUAUUGCUGAAAGUAUUUUGUUCUUUUCUUUUUUUGCCAUUUAAAUUGAGUCAGGAAUCUGCAUUUAGGAGGGUACACAGCAUACAUAAUCCAUCCAUAAAAGUCUAUUCUUGUCAAUUAAAAUUUUAUGUGAUUUACCUAGAAUGAGAUUUUAAUAGAUCAAUUAAUAGAUAAUAAUAAUAACAAAUUUCAAUAGAUCAAUUAAAAAUGGUAUAAAGAUUUACAACAAGUUUAGAAACUUAUAAUAGAAAGAAUUGUAGAUGAUGUUUCAAUAGCUGAGUAUACGUAGCAGACACAUGCAUUAAAACAUUCAAGUUUGCUUAAUAGAUGUUUUUAAAUAAUUGGUGUGACUUAACCUUAUGGAUGAUGUUUAUACAAGUUGUUUGAAAAGCUGAGUAGUAGACACAUUUAACAUUCAAGUUUGUUUUGUAGAUGUUUUUAAAUAAUGGUUGUGACUUAACCUUAUGGAUUAUGCAAUGAGUUUAAUUUUCAUCUCACCCUGAUUCAGGCACCUAUCAGCUUGUUCUCAGUAACAAAGGAGCUGUGACAUUAAGCAACAGUAAGGGCGGAUUUAGGGGUGGGCCAAAUGGAGCCUUUUUUCCUUGAAAUUAUCUAGUAUUAUUUUUAUAUGAAUACUCAGAACAAUAAAACGUUUCUAUAUAGCUGGCAAGUGGGCAACAAGUGAUGAUGGUGUUUUCAUCCCUUUUUCUAAUAAUUUAUUUCUUGCUCCUCCUCUUCGUUGAAUUACCUAAGUAUGUUGUUUUUCCAGAUCAAAAUCUGCCAAAGGCUGGUCCACAAGAAGUAAGAUUUUUUUAUAGUUUUUCUUCCUGUGGUGCUGAUACUGUGUAAGCUUUCCUUGGGUUUCUGUGGUUGAAAUUGAAAUAGCAGUUACAAAAACAAACUGCAUGUAUACUAGCUGCUAGUUCAAAAGUACUUCAAGAAACUUUCUCUUCUUGGCUUGCUAUUAUCUCUUUCUAAGCCACUACAGGUACGACUUGGUCAUUUCUCUUUUUUCAAAAUUUGGGUAUGAUUGUAGGUCAUGUGUAUACUGUAAAGUCCUAUUUCAUUAUACAGUACCAGUAUGAAAAUCAACUCUUUUAGUUAUUGGGAUCUGAAAUAUUAUUUUAUAUUGAGGUCCCCAAAGUCAGCAGCCUAUGUUAUUUUUGCUAUAUCAUUCAUGGGUAUUUAAUUUUGGUUUUGGUUCAUAACUUUCUCACAGUCCCCUUGCCCUGUUUGUUCGGUGAAGUUAAGCUGUGUCAGGCGGGAUUAGUACUGGGUUGGGUGAGACCUUUUGGGAUAUAAAAUGUAAUAUAAUACAUUUUGACUUUAAGUUUAUUUUUCAAGAGAAAGCAGUUUAUUGUUUAAACAUACUUAUAGAGCAUGUUGUUUCAUGUAAAGGUUUUAGAGUCAGAAGAAAUUGCAAAGGACUUUCUUUGAUCAUAUUAGUGCGUUUAUUGUGAGUAGCUAGGGGAAGUGGUGAACUAGAGGUGACAGAUAAUGCUGCUUUUUAUAUCAUCUGGCUUGUUUAUAGCCUGCAGUGCAGACGGCCCACGUAUUGUGUACAGUAUCGAUAUAGUUGGUUUAAAGAAGGUUUAAGGUGUCUACGGUACAAGCUAGCUUGUUUAUAGUACAGUAUUGUUGUAAAGUGCAAUGAACUCAACCAGAGUGCUGCACCCAAUAACAAUCAGCUAAUCACAAGUCAUGUUCACAAGGACAGUUAGUUGCCUGUCAAAAACAAGAUAUCUCUUUAAAUCUCAGUGCCACCACCCAAGUGUGUUCACUGUACUGAUAUUAAUUCAACUUAAGAAAAUUUUGUAGGUUUUAAUAAAUUGUAUUUUAGACUUGAGAAAGGAAUCAAAAUUUUGUUGAACCAUUACCCCAUGCAGUAUAUAUAUGCUAACAACCUCAUCCAUGUUGGUUUAUUUGAGCAAACAGUACAAUUGAUCAUCCUCUUUUGGGACACCUCCAUUCAGGGGAAACAAAAUUUGGUCCCGGAAAAUGUGCGCAUAAUCUGUGUAUUUAUUACCUCAAUUAAAGGGACGAGUGGCCUCUAUUCAGAGGAAAGGGAUACUUUUUCUGGGUCCGGAAACCUGGGUUUAUUUUAACCUCCAUUAUUACAGGAGACACCUCAGCACUCAAAAAGAGGGCUGAUAUCUUUAAGAGCACACUAAUCAAAAAUGGAAGCUUUCCCAAACUGAACUGUCUCACAUAAAUCAAUGAAAUGCAUUUGUGUGAAUUCAACAUAUAAUUAUAGCAAUAACAUCAACAAGUUUAUUCAGUAUUACCAUUUCUGUACAGGUGUUACCGAUUAAAAAAAAAUUAAAUUAAAAAAGAAAAUGAAAAUAAAAUAGUAGGGAGUUUAAGAUACCACGACGAUGAUGGCCACAAAAACGUCGCUUAAAAAGAGAAUUUCCAUUCUUUCAGUCUCUAUCGCGGUUACUCCAACCAUUUACUUUGUCAAAUGUAAGCGAAGUCUUUGUCAGCCAAAUUCCUAAGAAUCAUAUUCAAGUUCAGGAACGGGGGCGUAGCUAAGAUUUUUCAAGGUUUCAAGGAGGGAGUGGGGGGGCUAACACUAUCACCUUGUCAAACCCAGGUUACUUACCAGAUUGGCAUGUCGACAUCCAGGCCGUGUUUUACUAAACGACAAGCCUACAAACUAGCUGCAUAGGUUAAUUACGUUCCACAUAUCAUAAAUUGCUCUAUUUUAGUUAUGAAAAGGAACAUGGUCCACUGUAAAUGGAGUAAUUAACAAUCUAGCACUGGAAAAGAUUUAUUGCAUGUUGAUUCUUCAGAUUCGUGCGUUUUGGCCACCUGAAGUAUAGGGACGAAAAACAAUUAUGUCAUAAGGGGGCGGGCGGGCACCCCAGAACCACCCCCUGGCUACGCCCCUGAUGAGGAGAAAGAAAAUUUCGCCAUCGCUUGUUUACGUCCCCAUAAAACGUGAAAUUUGGCAUUUUCCUGUCCUGGUCGUGCAGUGAUGGCUAAAAAAUGUACAAAAACGUGCAGAGUUGUUGCUUUGCCUAGAUUCAUUUCAACCUAUUGCCUUUUUGACGUUCUCUUUGUCAUCACCGUGGCAUCUUAAAGUCCGUAGUGAUGAUUCUUUUAUGCUGUCUUUGUUGGUUAAUUAUUAACAAACCCCGGCCCAACCUCUAAUCAGGGGGAACCUCUAUUCAGGGGACACUUGCUUUGGUCCUGAGGGUGUCCCCUGAAUAGAGGUUUCAUUGUAUUUGUUUUAUCUAUUGCUUCAAGUUUAAUUUUUUUUAUUUCAAAGCUCACUUAAUAACUUUCUGUGCAUUGAACUGUGAGCCUGUCGACUUUCUUGAUUGGUAUUAUUAUGAUAAUCUUUGAUAACUAAGACUUUUUUAUGCUCCAUUUCUUGUACACUGUACAAGUUAAAAUUCACACCAAAUAGUAUUGCAUGAAACCUGAAAUGAUGCGACAAUGGCCGCUAUUGUCAAAUGAAAUGUACCCUAUGUUAUAAAAUUAUUCUUCAGGUAUUAUUAAGUCAGUCCGAUAAUGAGUUUUUUGUGUGUCUUGCAUAAAAAUGGUUAUCAUCUUAAUAUAUUUUUUAAUCACUUAUUACCCUUCUUUUUUCAAAUUAUAAUCUUUCAUCUAAUGUUGGGGAGAGAAGAAGUUGGCUGACUUGCUCAUGGUAGUGAAUUAAGGGAGAUGUGGUGUUGCCCUCUUCCUAAAGGUCUUGGGGACGAGAAAGGGACCACAUGGUCUAGUGUAUACUGGGCAACCUCAUAGGGAUUGGGUGCGAAAACAAUGAACAAACAAAGUAACAAUGGAACCGAGCCCGAAACAAAAAAGCUGCGACAUAUAGGAAUCCACACAAAUUACAGGUUCUAAAGAGCUGCAAGGCUAAGGUUUUGACAAAUGAUUUUGAGCUAAACAUAUCGCAAAAAAAUUUUGCUGUAGCUGAUGGCGUCUUGGUUAAAUUAGCCUGUGAAACGCAUAAUUAUGUAUGUCCGGUUCUUCGGAGGGAGGCAAGCGACGACCGGAAAUAGUCUGCGUUUCGCAGGCUAUGGUUAAAUGGGAUGUGAAUAUGGUUGUUUUCAGUUGUUAUUUUAUGGUUCCAGAAAUGCUUGUUGAUAAGAAGGUCCCUUUUUUUGAAGUAGGUUCUUGUUCUUGGGGUACUUAUUGGCAAUUUAGGUUAGGUAGGUUCUUAAUUAGGUUCUUAAGAGUAAUUUUUAUGAAGGAUAUAAUAGAUUGUUGAUAACGAGAAUAAUACAUAAAUCUUCUGUUUAUUCACAAUUAUGAUAACCCUAAAAAAAAACUUAUUACCGGAUAUCAUACAGUUUAGUACAGUAUGUUUUUGUUGUACUUAAAUUUACAACUCAAAGUUAGUUACACUCCUUUGUUAAAUUGUUUAACAUAAUUUAGCUGCAUAUAAUAUAACCUGCUUGAUUUUGCUUGCCUAAACAGGUUCUUGUAUUCUUAAGUAUUAAAGUGCAGAUUUCUAUCAGAGGUUCUUAACCACAGGUUCUUAUUAGCGGGUGUUCACUGUAACUGCCUCUACAGUCAAACCAGUCAAACCUGUAUUAAGCGGACCUCUAUCAUCCUCGAAGACCCAGGGGCAGUCAGUUGGGUCGGGGGAAAAGGCGCGACAAAAGUUUUAAGUAAGGGCGGAAGAGCCCUUGAGUACCGACUCUCACCGGACCAUUUCCAAAAAUUCAAGCGGAUGUCGGCUCCUGAUUGGGCACAAAAAAAGCUUUGUAUCACUGUGGCCAAUCGGCGAACACAUUCCCCUAAGUUCUUUUCGUGUGUUCAUACACGACGGCUGUUGUCUCGAUGACGGCUUGUCUGGCUCAUGCACGAAAGAAAUUCACGCAGUCAGGAAACUUUCAGUUGGAUAUAAAAUCCACAUUUCAAAAUACUGUCUGCCUGAAAACUAAAGACGCUUUUCCAAAAAUACAAGCUUCAGCUUACAACAGGUAUUCACUCUUGCAUCGGCCUCGUCUUGCGUAAAUAUAUUUGUAGAGAGUUUUUAAAAGAUACCACGACGUAAACGUUGCAUGGAAAAGUGAAUUGAUAUUUUUUUCAGUCUCUAUUCCAACUCGCUUACUUUGUUAAAUGCAAGCGAACUCUUCUGGAGCUGAAUUUCUAUCAACCAUAUCAAAGUUUAUGAAGAGAAUGAAUUUUGUCAUUGCUUAUUUACGUCAUUCACAAAACGUGAAAUUAGGCAUUUUCACGGUUAGUCGUGCAGUUGAUGGCAAAGAAAUGUACAAAAAAGCGUGAUGCACGUGCAAAAUUGUUGUUUUGCCUUGUCAAGCUAUUUCUUAUUUGACUUUCUCGUCGCUGCCGCAUCUUAAACUUCCUAUUAUUUACGAUACAUUGUGAUCCGCCAAAAACAGAAUAUUUGAGCCAAAUUCAAUUGCUCCGGCUGAUAGCAUCCCAAACGUUUUUUCGACUCAUCGGUAGUUCCUUCGUUUCUGGUUAGGGAAAUAGCAAAUAAAAGUUUCCCUUGCACGCACAAGCUUGGUGAACGACCGGGCAAGUGUGGCGAGACAAUAGCCGUCGUGUGCGAACUCACGAAAAGAACUUAGGAGAAACUGUUCGCCGUUUGGGCACAAUAAUACAAAGCAUUUUUUGUGCCCAAUCAGAAGCCGGUAACCGCUUGAAUUUUUGGAAAUAGUUCGGUGAGAGGUGGUACCCAGGGGGUCUUUCGCCCGUGCUUGAAAACUUUCGUCCCACCUUUUCUCCCGAUCCGACUGACUGCCCCUGGGUCUCCGAGGAUGACCUCUCUAAGCGGUCACCAAUCAAAGUCCUGGAAAUAGCUUCCCUCAAUUAUGGUAAAAACUGAUCUGUAUUAAGCUUUUACCUCUAUUAAGCAGACGUGGUCACCUGUUUUCGAGGUGCCAAUGAGUAAUUUGUUAUUGUCUUUACCUCUAUCAAACUGUCCCUUUGACAAGAUGUGCCAUACUCGUGCAAAAGCAUACACUGUGUAGGGUGUUUAGUGGUCUUGUACAGACUUGCCAACCCCCAAAAGGCAAAAAAAAAAAAGUGAGAUUCUGAACCUAGAGCUGGGAAAAGUAGUGUAGAGAAAUGGGUAUAAAGCGGCGGGCCAUAAAUUAUUUGGGUUGGGAAAUGAGGUGACCCAUCCCUGCAAUGGGAGUGAAAGUUGCUAACCCUCCCCUUUACCUUGGCCUAAAAUAUCAUGACCCUCCCCCUCUAGUAUAAAUGAUAAAAUCUAGUUCUUGCAAUACACUAGGGUGAGUCAGUAUUAUGAAAGCUCAAAAUAUAUUUCUAAUAUGUUCUUUGUAAUGCCAUAUACAUACAUUUUAGAUGACAGCAUUAAGAGUCCGACUCUAAUUCUGACAGCUGAUCACUCGACUCUCCUAUUUCUCCUAGUUUUUUUUUACAAAAUAAAGAACUUCUUUUUUCUUCUGUGGGUGAACCUCUACAUGAUCACGGACACAUAUUUACAUGAUCUUCCCCCUUUUAACGGCCCAUUUUUCAUGACCCCACCCUUUUCUGCAGUCUCAAAAAGGCGUGACCCUCCCUCUGUUUCCACCCCUUCCCCCCCUGCUAAUUUCUGACAAGUCCCUUGUGGGUCAAAAAAGAUGUUGGGGGAAAGGACAGAACUUUUCGUUUUUUCUUUGGUCCGUACAUUAAAUUGAGCACCGAAAAUUUACCAAUCUAGAUUAAGAAGUACAAGUUAUGCAUGGUGAAAAAAAAAACAACAACAGCAACAAAAAAACGACAAUAUAAAUAUGAGCGGUCUUGACAAAUGAUUUUGAUUAGAACAUAGUGAACUCAUUUUGCUGUAACUGGGAGCAUAACUGUAUAUACUGUAGCAAGUGAGAUCUCAGUGAAAUGGGCUGUGAAUAGCUGUGUUUAGUUGUUAUUUUACAGAAACUACUGCCACUAUAGUCAAUGUAAAUUAUAUUAUAUCAUUAUCUUUCCUUACCGUUUUAGUUUAAAAUUACGCCUAAAACUACAAUGGUGGUCACCAAGGAUACAGUUACGAUUGAAGAACUAAUGCAAUGGUACACUCUUCAAGAAGGACACACUGUUCAACUAAAAGAUGCUGAUCCAAAUGAGCUUCAGCUUUUUAUUGACAAUAUGCCCGCCUCUACCAAAGGUAAGAGUGUGAAAUAUGGUUUUUGAUAAAAAGAUGAAUAAGAUUGAACUUACUGUAUGUACGUAAGUUUAGAAACAGGGAGCUCAAGCUUAUGACGAGAGUACAGUUGACUCCCGAUAAUUCGAACCCUCGCUAACUCGAACCAAAAUCGAUUUCCCCUGGAAUUCCGUCAUACAUUUACUGUAAUUUUACCCUCGGUAACUUGAACCGUCGAUAACUCGAACCUCCCGAUAACUCGAAGUAAUUUUUGUUUCCCCUCAGAUCAAUUAUAUAUAAUUUUACCCUCGAUAACUCGAACCAUGUUUUGAGCCCUUAAAAAGUAGGUAAAAAACAGUGUACUGGCAUCCGAAACAUUGAAUUUUGAAUUUCCCAUUGACGUGUACGUAUAUAGUUUUCUAAUGGAGGCUGAUGUUGUUUGUCACAAAUCUAUGUGAAGCAGCUUCACUUUUCAAAACAGUAAAACCCAUGCUCUAUUUAGGCAAUGGUUGCGUUCCGUUCUGAUUUAUAAUGUAGAAGUAUCUUUCAAUUUUCACUUAACAUUUCUACAAUUAAGUGUGAUUAAAAUGUUCACUGUGCAGUAAAAACUGUUUUUUCCUUACUCACGGCAAGGUUUCAUCGAGCUCCCGAUAACUCGAACUCUUUUCGAUUUCCCUUGAAGGUUCGAGUUAUCGGGAGUCGACUGUAGUUAGUUUGGUUUUUUGAAUUGAGAAGCAUAUGGUUUAACCCGCACAUAUGUAUGAAUAGCCGGGCUUAAAUAUUUAACAUUGAUGAGUGAAAGACGCUUUUCCAAAAAUACAAGCUUCAGCUUACAACAGGUAUUCACUCUUGCAUCGGCCUCGUCUUGCGUAAAUAUAUUUGUAGAGAGUUUUUAAAAGAUACCACGACGUAAACGUUGCAUGGAAAAGUGAAUUGAUAUUUUUUUCAGUCUCUAUUCCAACUCGCUUACUUUGUUAAAUGCAAGCGAACUCUUCUGGAGCUGAAUUUCUAUCAACCAUAUCAAAGUUUAUGAAGAGAAUGAAUUUUGUCAUUGCUUAUUUACGUCAUUCACAAAACGUGAAAUUAGGCAUUUUCACGGUUAGUCGUGCAGUUGAUGGCAAAGAAAUGUACAAAAAGCGUGAUGCACGUGCAAAAUUGUUGUUUUGCCUUGUCAAGCUAUUUCUUAUUUGACUUUCUCGUCGCUGCCGCAUCUUAAACUUCCUAUUAUUUACGAUACAUUGUGAUCCGCCAAAAACAGAAUAUUUGAGCCAAAUUCAAUUGCUCCGGCUGAUAGCAUCCCAAACGUUUUUUUUCGACUCAUCGGUAGUUCCUUCGUUUCUGGUUAGGGAAAUAGCAAAUAAAAGUUUCCCUUGCACGCACAAGCUUGGUGAACGACCGGGCAAGUGUGGCGAGACAAUAGCCGUCGUGUGCGAACUCACGAAAAGAACUUAGGAGAAACUGUUCGCCGUUUGGGCACAAUAAUACAAAGCAUUUUUUGUGCCCAAUCAGAAGCCGGUAACCGCUUGAAUUUUUGGAAAUAGUUCGGUGAGAGGUGGUACCCAGGGGGUCUUUCGCCCGUGCUUGAAAACUUUCGUCCCACCUUUUCUCCCGAUCCGACUGACUGCCCCUGGGUCUCCGAGGAUGACCUCUCUAAGCGGUCACCAAUCAAAGUCCUGGAAAUAGCUUCCCUCAAUUAUGGUAAAAACUGAUCUGUAUUAAGCUUUUACCUCUAUUAAGCAGACGUGGUCACCUGUUUUCGAGGUGCCAAUGAGUAAUUUGUUAUUGUCUUUACCUCUAUCAAACUGUCCCUUUGACAAGAUGUGCCAUACUCGUGCAAAAGCAUACACUGUGUAGGGUGUUUAGUGGUCUUGUACAGACUUGCCAACCCCCAAAAGGCAAAAAAAGUGAGAUUCUGAACCUAGAGCUGGGAAAAGUAGUGUAGAGAAAUGGGUAUAAAGCGGCGGGCCAUAAAUUAUUUGGGUUGGGAAAUGAGGUGACCCAUCCCUGCAAUGGGAGUGAAAGUUGCUAACCCUCCCCUUUACCUUGGCCUAAAAUAUCAUGACCCUCCCCCUCUAGUAUAAAUGAUAAAAUCUAGUUCUUGCAAUACACUAGGGUGAGUCAGUAUUAUGAAAGCUCAAAAUAUAUUUCUAAUAUGUUCUUUGUAAUGCCAUAUACAUACAUUUUAGAUGACAGCAUUAAGAGUCCGACUCUGAUUCUGACAGCUGAUCACUCGACUCUCCUAUUUCUCCCAGUUUUUUUUUACAAAAUAAAGAACUUCUUUUUUCUUCUGUGGGUGAACCUCUACAUGAUCACGGACACAUAUUUACAUGAUCUUCCCCCUUUUAACGGCCCAUUUUUCAUGACCCCACCCUUUUCUGCAGUCUCAAAAAGGCGUGACCCUCCCUCUGUUUCCACCCCCUCCCCCCCUGCUAAUUUCUGACAAGUCCCUUGUGGGUCAAAAAAGAUGUUGGGGGAAAGGACAGAACUUUUCGUUUUUUCUUUGGUCCGUACAUUAAAUUGAGCACCGAAAAUUUACCAAUCUAGAUUAAGAAGUACAAGUUAUGCAUGGUGAAAAAAAAAACAACAACAGCAACAAAAAAACGACAAUAUAAAUAUGAGCGGUCUUGACAAAUGAUUUUGAUUAGAACAUAGUGAACUCAUUUUGCUGUAACUGGGAGCAUAACUGUAUAUACUGUAGCAAGUGAGAUCUCAGUGAAAUGGGCUGUGAAUAGCUGUGUUUAGUUGUUAUUUUACAGAAACUACUGCCACUAUAGUCAAUGUAAAUUAUAUUAUAUCAUUAUCUUUCCUUACCGUUUUAGUUUAAAAUUACGCCUAAAACUACAAUGGUGGUCACCAAGGAUACAGUUACGAUUGAAGAACUAAUGCAAUGGUACACUCUUCAAGAAGGACACACUGUUCAACUAAAAGAUGCUGAUCCAAAUGAGCUUCAGCUUUUUAUUGACAAUAUGCCCGCCUCUACCAAA